GCUCUCUUCCUCCCUGGCUGCCUAAAGCUCGACCGCCAUCAUGAAUGACACAGUAACGAUCCAGACCAGGAAGUUCAUGACCAACCGACUACUUGAGCGGAAACAGAUGGUCAUCGAUGUUCUUCACCCCGGAAAGGCAACAGUACCUAAGACAGAAAUUCGGGGAAAACUAGCCAAAAUGUACAAGACCACACCAGAUGUCAUCUUUGUAUUUGGAUUCAGAACCCAUUUUGGAGGUGGCAAGACAACUGGCUUUGGCAUGAUUUAUGAUUCCUUGGAUGAUGCAAAGAAAAAUGAACCCAAACACAGACUUGCAAGACAUGGCCUGUAUGAGAAGAAAAAGACGUCAAGAAAACAGUGAAAGGAAUGCAAGAACCGAAUGAAGAAAGUCAGGGGAACUGCAAAAGCUAAUGUUGGUGCUGACAAAAAGAAGUGAGCUGGAGACUGGACAACAGAAGGAGUAAAGAGGCUGCAGGAACUAUCUGGUGAUUGUGCAGAUGUUUCAUGAGAGGAUUAAUAAACUAAGAACUUAAAAAAAAAAAAAA